AAUAAUGCGAAAGCCACAUCCUGCUUAAACCCUAACCCUAUUCUUCCAUGACUCCUCCAAAUCCCAACGACAAGAUCCUGAGCUACGGCGACGUCGUCCUCCGCCGCUCCGACCUCGAAAUUCUCCGCUCUCCCUUCUUCAUAAAUGACCGCCUCAUCGAAUUCUAUUUCACCCACCUCUCCUCCUCCCACCCCUCCGCCGCCACGAGAAAAGGUCGCCUCCUUCUUGUACCACCAUCAAUAUCAUUCUGGCUCUCUAAUUGCCCGAACACGCCCUCCCGAACCGAAGUUGCCACACCCCUCGGCCUCCAGGGUCGCGAUCUCGUUCUCUUCACCGUUAACAACAACGAUGAUUUAACCAUGGCAGAGGGCGGUUCACACUGGAGUCUGCUGGUAUACGAGCGGGGCGACAAUGUGUUUGUUCAUCACGAUAGUUGUAAUGGAAUGAACAAUCAUCAUGCUCGGCAUAUGUAUGAUGCUGUGAAAAGCUUUUUUGGUGGAGACACGAGAUUUAUGGUGUGGCGGACACCACAGCAGAGGAAUGGGUAUGAUUGUGGAGUGUAUGUGAUGGCGGUGGCCAGGGUGAUUUCUAAUUGGUUUGAGAAUGGGAAGGAAGGGGAUGAAAAAUGGUUGAAGAAGUUAGAGAUGGAAGUGCAUGAGGAGGCGGUGGCGAGCUUGAGGCUGGAGCUGUUGGAUUUAAUCGCCAGUUUGCGCGGGAGAGAGUGAUAAAUGGAGCAAACUGUGAGGACUAUAACAGCAAGUUUUCAGCUCAACUUAAAAAGGAGAAGCUCUGUUUCAUUUUCACAUGGUUUCAUUUUCGAAACUUCCUGCUGUAAAUGUAGAAGUGAUUCAGAGAACUAUGGAGAUUAAUUUUGUUAUUUGGAGAUUUGGGAAGUUGAAAUAAUGAGAACCUGCAGCCCCUCAAGAUAGUGGUACUCCACAUAUCAGAAAUACAAAUUGUUCAUUUCUUUAUAGCUUAGCAGGUGUGUAAUAUCUCAAAUGUUUUUGUUUUGUUUUACUCUUCUUUUCAACGUUCCAAUUCAUCAAACAAAGACCACUGCCACUUCUUCAUUUGAUCAAUUCUAUUAAUAAGCAAAAUUUCAGUUGUCAUAAACCCCCUUUAAUGGCAUAGAAAUUGAUGCAUA